AUGCCAUCUCUACAAGAGACAUUUGUGGCGAAGACGUUUGACCCCACGUUGGACUUCUUCCUAAAGCAAGAGCAAGACUCGGUGGGUUUACGGAAGCACAGCGCUUCCCAUUGGAGGAUGCAGAACAUUGCUCAGGAAUCCGUGGACAGCUCCGAUGAUGAAUUUUUCGAUGCCCGAGAAGUGCUGGAGGGGAAGACUGCUAUGCUGUUAGGUAUGAGUCAGUGGAACUCUAAUGAUCUGGUGGAGCAGAUCGAAACCUUGGGCCAAAUUGAGGAGACACAAGAUACCCUAUACCGUCUCGGACGGCCACGCUGUGUCCCCCAGAGCAGUAUCGAUGGGCUAGAGGACAUGGAGAAGAAGUGUAAGACUCACGUGCUGAUCCUGGUCGUGCACGGUGGGAACAUCCUGGAUCCGGCGGGCGGGGAGCCCGGUACAAAGGAGACAGAUGUGGGGACUCUGGCCUCUGUUCUGGAGAAGGUUUCGCGUGCCCACUUCCAGGCUGCGGCGGAACACGUUCUCAUCAAGCUGGUUCCCUGCCCAGCGGUGUGUGCCGAGGCUUUCUCCCUUGUCUCCAAUCUGAACCCCUACAGUUAUGACGAGAGCUGCGUGUCCAGCAGUGUGGACCACCUGCCCCUUGCCGCCCUCCCCCUGCUCGCUAUCGCCGCGCCUCAUUACCAGGACGCCGUGGCAACCGUCAUCGCCCGUGCCAAUCAGGUUUACCACAGUUUCCUGCAAUCCCCAGACGGCCAGGGUUUCACCGGGCAGGUGUGUCUGUUGGGAGACUGUGUGGGUGGCGUUCUGUGUUUCGACGCACUGUGUUUCAGCAGCAGUCCAAGACACUCCAGUCCCAGCCACAGCAGCAAACAAAACAGCACUGAGAGCCUCAAGGAGAACGCAGGCUUGCUGGGAGAGGCCAGCCCUGGAUUAAGCUCCAGCAAACGCCUUAGCAAGAGCAAUAUCGACAUCUCUGCCCCCAGUGAGAGCCACGCCCGCCAGCCGUCCCUCAGCCGCAAACAGAGCGACUCAUACGAUGGAGACUCCUCCAGUGGACAGCACCACUCGUUCCUUAGCAGUCUGAUACAGGAUGGAGUGGAUCACCGCCCAGGCAGCAGUAAUAGUCUGGUGCUGAAUCCAGGGCGCUUUGACUUUGAGGUGUCAGAUUGUUUCCUGUUGGGUUGUCCUCUUGGACUGGUUCUGGCCAUGAGACGGACAGUGCUUCCCGCUGUUCAGGUGGCCCAAUUACGUCCAGCCUGCUCUCAGAUUUUCAAUCUCUUCUACCCUUCUGACCCCUCCGCCUCCCGACUGGAGCCCUUACUUCACCCCCAGUUCCACAAACUGCCCCCUUUCCCCAUGCCUCGAUACCAGCGCUAUCCACUGGGCGAUGGAAGAUCGACCCUCAUUGUUGAUGACAUCCCAAACCACCCUGAAGUGUUCCUGGAGGGUGGAGGGCCAGUUCCAAGUGGACCCCCGCCUUCCCCAUCUCCCUCCCAGACAGAGAGAGGGGGAGGCAAGCUGAGCGGUGGAGUGCGCAGGCCUAGUUUGACCAGCAUGGACAGCGAAACGUCCGGGUGUUUGGAGAGUCGUCUCAGCUCCACUGUGGCUAACAUUUCAAGCACCUGGUGGGGAUCAGCGCGGAUAGACUACGCCCUGUACUGCCCAGAUGUUCUGACCGCUUUCCCCACCGUGGCCCUGCCCCACCUCUUCCACGCCUCUUACUGGGAAUCCACCGACGUGGUGGCCUUUGUGCUCCGUCAGGUCAUGCAUUGCGACUGUGUGAAAGCCCAGGAAGCUGAUAGCUCGGACUCCGCCCCCUUCUCGCCCUCCAGCCCACGGGAGAAGUGGCUGCGCAGGCGCACGCAUGUCAAGUUGAGGAACGUCACUGCUAACCACAGAGUGAACGAUGUCAUCGCGACCGAGGACGGUCCACAGACGCUGGUCGGACGUUUCAUGUACGGUCCUCUCGACAUGGUCACACUGACAGGCGAGAAGGUUGAUAUUUUCCUCAUGACGCAGCCUCAGUCUGGGCGUUGGGUUCACUUUGACACAGAAGUGACCAACAGCAGUGGAAGAGUUUCCUACACCAUCCCCAAGAGCAAGAAACUGGGUUUGGGGGUUUAUCCCAUUAAAAUGGUCGUCAAGGGUGACCAGACGAGUGCGGAGGCUUUCCUGACGGUGUUGCCGCGGGGGAUGGAGUGUGUGGUGUUCAGUAUUGAUGGUUCCUUCGCCGCCAGUGUUUCCAUCAUGGGCAGUGACCCCAAAGUGCGAGCGGGCGCAGUGGACGUGGUCAGACACUGGCAGGACCUGGGCUAUUUGAUCAUCUAUAUCACGGGGCGUCCGGACAUGCAGAAACAGCGCGUGGUCUCCUGGCUCUCCCAGCAUAACUUCCCCCAGGGCAUGAUCUUCUUCUCCGAGGGCCUCGUUCACGACCCCCUGCGUCAGAAAACCAUCUUCCUCCGAAACCUAAUGCAGGAGUGUCACAUAAAGAUUACAUCUGCCUACGGCUCAAUGAAGGACAUCUCUGUUUAUAACAUGCUGGGACUAAGUCCCUCACAGAUCUACAUUGUGGGGAGACCAUCCAAGAAGUACCAGAAUCAGUGCCAGUUUUUGAGUGAGGGCUACGCGGCACAUCUGUCCUCCCUGCAGUUUGGCCACAGGGCGCGGCCGAAGAAAAGCCCCUCCGUUCGCAUGGUGCUGAGGAAGGGUUCCUUCGGCCUGUCGGCCAAGCCCGACUUCCUGUGCAAACGCACGCACCUGCGCCGGACCAUGUCGGUCCAGCAGCCCGACCCGCCGUCCACCCCCAACCCCAAACCCGAACGGGCCCAGAGCCAACCCGAGUCAGACAAAGACCACGCCGGCGGAGGGGGCGGGGGCCACGGUGGAUGGACGAGAGGCUCCAUGCACCGUGGAGACACCACACCCUAA